CCACCACCAUCAUGACUUGCAGAGCUGUUCUUGUUGGACUGCUGCUCAUCUGUGUGACUGCAGAUGCUGCAACAAAGUCUGACCUGAGAAAGCCCACCUGUCCUGACAUGGACAUUGGAGCGUGCCCUAUGAACUAUGCCCCUGUGUGCGGCAGUGAUGGAAACACUUAUGCCAACGAGUGCGGACUGUGCGUCCAGAGACAAAUGACAAGGAGCGACAUAAGGAUUGUGAAGGAGGGGAUAUGCUGACCUUCACAUGUGGUGAUGCAGGAUGUAAUUAUUAAUCUGAAAAGGCUCUGUCAUGUGAUAACAGGACCUCAGUCAUUGGAAAGUCUGGCCUUGUUCCAGUGUGAAUAAAC